CACCACUGCCCGGGGGGCAGCUUUUUGGGAGCUAUUUCGCUGCCAACCAGUGCUGAGCGGCGUUUAGUCCAGCAUGAGACAGCCGAGGGUGAGCACCCUGGUUUUCGCACGAUAAAGAAGCCGACACGAGCAAGAGACGCCAACCGACGCUGAGCACCAUGUUCAAGACCAGCUACCUGCGCAGGGAGGUGCGCAAGGAAAAGUACGAGCGCUCGGAUGUCUCCCACGAGGAGCCCGAGGAGGACUCGGCCGGCAUCUCCGCCAUCCAAGGCUGGGAGAACCUCCAGGAGCUCAACAGCCGCUUCGCCCGCUACAUCAACCGGGCUCGGGUGCUGGAGCAGCGCAACGCCGUGUUCCGUAAGCAGCUGGAGACCCUGCAGAGGAUGGAGGAGGCCAGCGGCCUGGAGGAGACCUUCAGGGAGCAGAUUGACGUCAACAGGCAGCGCAUCCGAGAGCUGACCUCCGACCACGGCAAGCUGGAGAGGGAGCUGAGGGACGCCUGCCGCAUGCUGGACGAGUUCACCAACAAAUACAGAAAUGAAUGUGAUUAUCAAGAGCAGCUCAGGGGAACUUUGGAACAGCUGAACAAGGAGGCCGACGGCGCCCUGCUGAAAAAUCUGGAGCAUCAAAUCCAGUCUCAGUUCCUGCAGGAUGACAUCACCUCCACCAGAGACCGGCACAGGAAGAACCUUGCAGAGAUCCAGACCUACGUGAACAUUUUGCAGCAGAUCAACCAAACACUUCCGCUCGUCCCUCCCGUGUCAGCGGGCAUCUCCGAGGAAGAAGAGAAGCUGUUGGCCCAACGCCGACUGCCCGGCCUGCUGAGUCAGCUGGAGGAGUACAAGAGCGCCCUCUGUCAGCUGCAGGCGCAAAAGCAGCGUCUGCAGGCCGAGGCUGCCAUGAUGGAGCAGGCCAUCAGGGGCACCCAGGAGAGUUUCGACAAUGAGAUCCAGCUGUACAACGAGCAAAUCGAGUCCCUGCGCAAGGAGAUCGAAGAAGCGGAAAGGUGCUUGGAAAAGUUCACCAGCGAGUGUCGCCACUUGGCCAUGUACCAGACGUCUCUGGAGAACGAGCUGGAGCGAUACAAGAGGAUCAUCGAGAACGAGGAUAACAGGUUGAACUCCGCAAUAAUCGGCAGCCCCAUCACCCUGUUUACCACCAGCUACCACUACUCUCACACCCCCUCCGCCUCAAACAGGGGGCGAGAUAUCACUCUUGCUAUACAAGACAUCAGCAACGUAAAGCCCCGUCAAAAGAUCAUGGCCAAGAAAGUCCAAAAGAAGAAGGAGCUAACCCCAAGAGACGUGAUUGACAAUGGUCAAGUGGACCGAGGCGCCGCUGGGGAGACUCCAGAGGAAGAUGCCAAGGAGACGCCCUUGGUUGAAGGCCAGGAGGAGAGUGUGAGCAGGACCGAGGAGAGGCCCGUGUUUGCUGGAGUAUCUCCGCAGGAUGUGCCAGAUGGAGCGCAGAUCAGCAAGGCGUUUGACACGCUGUGCAACAUCGUCAGGGAUCGAAUGAGGAAGUACAGGAAGCCUGAGCCGAUCGCAGACUUCUACACAAAGGGGCGUUACGUCCUCGUGAGCGGCGAAGGAAGCCACCUGGACCCUUGCUUCUACACUUCCACACCAUCCUCCGGACACAUCGUUGUCACAAUCAAAGACCAACCUCUAGGACGGAGCACACUGUCCCCUGAACCUCCUCAGCCUAAACUUCCUGGUCCAACCCCUCCUUUUAACGCUGGGGGGAGUAAGGAAGAUGCCAGUGGAGGAAAAGGGAAGGACACUGGCGGCAAAGGCAAGGUCAAGAAGAAUGAAGAGCCUGACCCUCCACCUAAAGAUCCAGGCCCAGUCCAGCCAUCUCCUGAACCUAAAGACCCAACUGGGGAUCCCACCAAGCCAAAGAAGAACAAAGAUGAUGAUGGACCAAGCAGGGCUUCUCCAAAAUCAACACCCCGGGCCCCCAGCACCAGCUCUAGCUCCAGUUCCAGCUCCAGCUCCAGCACCAGCACCAGCACCAGCUCCAGCUCUGGCUCCAGUUCCGGCUCCGGCUCCAGCUCCAGCUCCAGUAGCUUUACCCCAGAUGCCAUGAGCUACGAAAAGGUGGUGGUGGAGUCUGUGGAGAAGUUCUCCGACGGCCGCAAACUCAAAGGUUACGAGGAGACGUCCAUGGUGGUGGAAACUACCAUCGAGAAAUCCAGCAAGAGGAAACAUUAAAGACCAAACUUCAAGAAUCCAUCACACUUUCCAGCUUGGGCUCUGGAUCCAUUACCAUUGUUCUACCUGACAGCCAUGCUCUCGCUUUAGUCCUUAACUUUCUGAAAACUUGGAAGAAAACAUUUACUCUGUACCACCUUAAAAAAGAUGAAUGCGAAGACAGCUGAAAAACUGUGCCAUCCUUCGGUUUUCCAAUUCUCCCAUUUAUUUUAACCUCUUGAGCUCAUUGGUUUAAUUGGAUGCCUGCACUGUCCCCCCACAACCCCCCCCC